AAGAAACAAGAAGGGAAACACGCGCACCUACUCCCUUCAUUCUUUAUCCUCUCUUCUUAUAUUAACGCAUGAAACAUGCAACCCAAUCUCUUCAGUUUGCACUCAAAACCUCCUAACUUUACAGAUUCAGACCUACCAAAUGGCACCAUCAUCUGCGAUGUUCAUGCUCUCCUCCUAUCCUCAAAUUCAGCAGUUACCAACAACACACAAUAGUACUCUGCAGCCACAACAACAGGAACCGUCUCUGCCGGUGGUUAAAUGUCACCUUCCGGCAAGAAGCUCAUCAGAAAGUUCUGAAAGUUCUCGUUCCAAGUUUAUUUUCUGGCUGUUUGGUGAUCCUGCUACCUACGACAAGAGGUUCCAACGAGCUGUUGAACUUAGUUGCUCCUGAUGGAGGUUCUUCCUACUUUCUUCUUUUGUGUGUGUUGUAAAUGAACAUAUGUAAUUUCUUCCUCAUAAUCUCAUCAUGUUCUGUAAUAUACAAUAAUGAAAUCGUUUGAAGAUG